AUGAAGAUCGUCACGUGGAAUAUUAACGGAAUAAGGACUUUCCGAAGUGGCAUUAAACAUGCACUGGACUCACUGGAUGCAGACAUCAUCUGCGUGCAAGAAACAAAGGUUACGAGAGACUUGCUUGAUGAAAGGACAGCUAUUGUGGAUGGCUACAGUUCCUAUUUCAGCUACAGCCGAGGACGUAGCGGAUAUUCAGGGGUGGCCACUUACUGUAAAGACCAAGCAACUCCAUGUGCAGCUGAGGAGGGUCUCACAGGACUUCUGACCAGUCACAAUGAAGUUGUCGGAGCUUAUGGUGAUCACACAGAGUUUUCCAAUGAGGAGCUCCAGCUUUUGGACAACGAAGGACGAGCAGUCAUUACACAGCACAGGAUCAAGUGUCAAGGCAAACAACAACUCAUCACUUUACUAAACGUGUACUGUCCAAGGGCAGAUCCAGAAAAGCCAGAAAGAAAACAGUUCAAGCUGCAGUUCUACAAGUUGCUUCAAUCUCGAGCUGAAGCCAUUCUGAAAGGUGGAAGCCAUGUUAUUGUUUUGGGUGACGUAAAUACAUCUCACAGACCAAUAGAUCAUUGCGACCCAAAUGAUAUUGAUAAUUUUGAAGAUAACCCUGGGAGGAAAUGGCUCAAUGGAUUUCUACACUGUGACAAAAGUGAUCACAAAAGGAGUGAAGAGGAUGGAGAUGAGGAACAUGAGACGUCUUUGAACCACUCUGAAGGAGGAAAGUUUGUGGAUAUGUUUCGCUUUUUCCACCCAACUCGCACUCAGGCCUUCACAUGUUGGUCUACUAUGACGGGUGCGCGCCAGACUAACUACGGCACACGCAUUGACUACAUAUUUGCUAAUUGCCAACUUGCAAAAGAGCAGUUUGUGGGAGCAGACAUUAUGCCUGAAGUGGAGGGGUCAGACCACUGUCCAGUGUGGGGACAACUGAGCUGCUCCCUGGUGCCCAGUCUCAAACCUCCGCCUUACUGCACACAGUACCUGCCAGAGUUUGCUGGAAAGCAGCAGAAACUUUCUCGAUUUCUGGUGAAGAUGGACCAAAAAUCACUUCUGUUCAGUCCUAAGGCAGAGUUACCUGGAUCUCAAGAAGCGGAGGAGAAGAGAGAGAAUCUACACCCCUCUGGGAGAGCGCUUUUCCUCCCCCUGGUUUUUUCCUCUUCUCUUACAGCUGCAGCCAAGAGCACAACUCCGGGACGAGCUCUGUCUGACCCAGGCCUCUUCACGUUCCUCUACCUCCUGACCCUUCCACAGCGUCCUGUCCAAACACUAAACAAGGAGGUAAGAGGCUCCAAGGAUUUACUUGUGGAGGUUUUUUUUGUUGGUUUUCCGGAGGCUGAAGCCGAUAUUAGAACAUCUCCUCUCUAUUGA